AGUUGAGGAAGUGGGUGGGCUUUAGAGGUGAGAGGGUGAUAAUGGUGGAAGGAGAAAAGCAAUUAAUGCGACCAUGUAUGGAUUGACCAGUGCAGUAAUGGCGCUGAGCUAAUUGCAGCAGUCCUGCUUUUAAUUCUGCUGUUGCUUCUGCUUGUGACUGUGAGAUCAAAAAGAGAGAUUUUUUUUUUUUUUUGAGAGAGAGAGAGAGAGUAACAAAAGCUUGCGAACUGAGCAACAACGAGAGGAGGAGAGAGAAAGAGGAGAUUUUGGGAUCUGGGUUUUGUUAAGAAGGGAGAGAGAUCUCUCGUCUUUGCCUCUCCUCAAAUUCAAUUAGGGUUUCCUCUUGGCAGUUUGAUCCCUUUUUAAUAUAUAUUUUUUUAAAGUGAAGGUCUCUUCCUUUUUCACUUUUCUUUUCAUGGGAAUCUCUCAUUUUUAGGGUUUGAAUGAUUGUUUGCUCUCUUUCUUUCCCUUUUGCCCCCCAAAUUUUGUUGAAAUAAAGUUAGGGUUUCAGGUUCCGACCCCCCAAAAUCCCCAUAUUCCAAAAUUUCUAUGAUCUUCUUCAAAAAUUACUAACACUAAAUGCAUCUAUCCCUAUGGAAACCCAUUUCCCACUGCGCUUCACUGAUCCUCGACAAGAAGAGCCGCCGGCAUAAAGAUUCCGGUGACGGAGAAAUCUCCGACGAAAACAUACGCAGCAGCAAGAAGAAACCCUCCAUCCUUCGUCAGCUUCAAGAGUCCAAGCUUCGUGAAGCCCUAGAAGAAGCUUCUGAAGAUGGGUCUCUCUUCAAAUCUCAAAGCAUCGAUGACCCGUCGACCGCCGGCGAUGAUCCCCUCUCAAACCCUAACUCCGCUGCAGUUGGCCGAUCGAGAUCCCUUGCUCGCCUCCAUGCCCAAAAGGAGUUCUUGCGAUCGACUGCUCUCGCUGCUGAUCGAACUUUCGUGAACCCUGACUCGAUCCCUGAACUUGAGGAAUCGCUCUCGAAGUUUUUGACAAUGUAUCCGAAGUACCAGAGCUCGGAGAAGAUUGAUAGACUGAGGUCUGAUGAGUAUUCGAACCUCGAUGAGUCGGGAGGUAAAGUUUGCCUUGAUUAUUGUGGGUUUGGAUUGUUUUCAUAUUUGCAAAGUUUCCAGCAAUGGGAGUCUUCCGCUUUUAGUUUAUCUGAGAUAACUGGUAAUUUGAGUAACCAUGCAUUGUAUGGCGGUGCUGAGAAUGGCACUGCUGAGCACGAUAUUAAGGCGAGAAUUAUGAAUUACUUGAAUAUACCCGAGAAUGAGUAUGGAUUGGUUUUCACUGUUAGUAGAGGUUCGGCGUUUAAGCUUCUCGCUGAAUCUUACCCAUUUCAUACGAACAAGAAGUUGUUGACGAUGUUUGAUCAUGAAAGCCAGUCGGUGAAUUGGAUGGCUCAGAGUGCAAAGGAGAAGGGGGCAAAAACCUACAGUGCUUGGUUCAGGUGGCCAACUUUGAAGCUCUGCUCGAGUGAGCUCAGGAAGCAAAUCUCAACAAAGAAGAGGAGGAAGAAGGAUUCGGCUGUUGGUUUGUUUGUUUUCCCGGUGCAAUCGAGGGUUACAGGGGCAAAGUAUUCCUAUCAGUGGAUGGCUUUGGCUCAGCAGAACAAUUGGCAUGUGUUGCUUGAUGCCGGUUCUUUAGGUCCUAAGGACAUGGAUUCGCUUGGGCUAUCUCUUUUCAGACCCGAUUUCAUUAUAACUUCGUUCUAUCGGGUAUUUGGGUCUGACCCAACUGGUUUCGGUUGCCUCCUUAUCAAGAAAUCGGUGAUGGCUAGCUUACAAAACCCUAAUGGUGGAACCGGAUCGGGAAUGGUGAGGAUUGUUCCAGUGUUUCCUCAAUAUUUGAGUGAUUCAAUUGACGGCUUGGAUGGAUUAGAUGGGAUUGAGGAUGAGAUGAUCAAUGGAAAUGAUGAAUCUUUGAUGCCCGGUACCAGCAAAGGAUUUCAAAUGCCAGCUUUCUCGGGCGCAUUCACUUCAGCUCAAGUUCAAGAUGUGUUCGAGACUGAAAUGGAUCAUGAUAAUAGCUCCGAUAGAGAUGGGGCAAGUACAAUUUUUGAGGAAACAGAGAGUGUUUCUAUGGGCGAGGUCAUGAAGAGUCCAGUCUUUAGUGAAGAUGAGUCCUCUGAUAACUCUUUUUGGAUUGAUUUGGGUCAGAGCCCGUAUGGUUCGGAUCAUUCAGGCCAGUUGAGUAGAGGUGGGAAGUUGGGCUCUCCGUUGCCGCCAUCUUGGUUCACUGGGAGAAAGAAUCAGAAGAGAGUGUCUCCGAAAUUGGCAACUAAAAUGUCAAGGAGUCCUAUAUACGACGAUCAUGUUGUGUCCUUUGAUGCUGCUGUUUUAUCGGUUUCGCAAGAAUUGGACAGGGUAAAAGAGGAUCCAGAAGAAGAGCAAAUUUUACAUCACAACAGUGAAAUUCAAGAAGAGCCUGAGACAAGGUCACAUACUGUGAAAUUCUCUUCCAGCAAUGGAACAAUAGCUCAGAGCUCAGCCUCUAUUUUGAAUGGCCCAGCAUCUGAAAUUUGUUCGGAGACAAAAGAAAGUGCGAUCAGAAGGGAAACCGAAGGGGAAUUUAGAUUAUUAGGAAGGAGAGAAGGAAAUGGCCGGUUUGCUGGUGGGAGAUUCUUCACCGAAGAUAAUGAGCGGGUAUUAAGCAUGGGUCGAAGAGUUUCCUUCAGUGUGGAUGAAGCUAAACCUAUUGAAAGAUUGGGUAGCCAUAAUUCGGAAAUUGGGGAAGUCUCUGGACCAAACCAAGCCGAUGAUGAUGAGGAUGAUGGUAGUGAUGGUGAUGAUGAGGAUUGGGGAAGAAGAGAACCGGAAAUUGUUUGUAGACAUCUCGAUCAUGUGAACAUGUUGGGUCUCAACAAAACCACCUUUAGACUUCGAUAUCUGAUAAAUUGGUUGGUGACUUCUUUACUUCAGUUGAGGCUACCAGACUCAGAUGGGGGAGGAAAUGGGGUUCCUCUUGUGAAUAUUUAUGGCCCAAAGAUCAAGUAUGAGAGGGGUGCAGCAGUAGCAUUCAAUGUGAAAGAUGGCAAUGGAUCUUUAAUCAACCCUGAAAUUGUACAGAAGCUUGCUGAGAAGCAUGGAAUCUCUUUAGGUAUUGGUUUUCUUAGUCAUAUACGGCUUUUAGAAAAUCAGAAACAUGGGACAGUUGAUUUGGGUGGUACUUCAUUUUGCCGUCCUGUCUCAAAUGGGAAAUAUGAUGGUAAGAAUAAGAAUACUGUAAUCAGAGUGGAAGUUGUCACGGCGUCUCUUGCAUUCCUCACAAACUUUGAAGAUGUUUACAGAAUGUGGGCUUUUGUAGCGAGAUUUCUUGAUCCGGCUUUUGUUGAAGGUGAUAGACUAUCUGCUGUUGAGGAAUCUGUGGAAUUAUAGAAGUUGAAAUUGGUUCUCAUACUACGUCACUCGCCUCAAUGGCCUGAUUGCUAGAUGCAGGGACCUUGUGAAAGGGAUGGAAGAUCUGAUCUUUUGUUUAUUUCUUUGAAAUCCUUCUUCAUGAGUUUCCUGCUAAGGUGUUGGAUAUAUUUAUUCUUGGCCUAUUCCUUGUGUUGUGUAUCUUUUUCGGUUCGUGUAGCUUAGAGAUAUGUAUCCUUCCCUGUGACAGGCAAAACACCGUUUCCAUCUAUUGCUGUUUGUAAAGCAUAUAGUGAAAUGGGCAGGAAACCAGUUCCAUUAUAUUGUAAGAUUCUCGUUAUCGGAUAGGAAGAUGAAAUAUUCAUUUCAAAAUUUGUUGUA